CUCGCUUUGCAUGCGAGAGUGGCGGUUCUCCUAGCCCUAGGCUCUUUCUUAUCCAUUUUUUCCGACAAAACGGGAAGUACUUUCAGCGGUGGUUCUCCUAGGCAAUGUCGGUCCCUCUGGUUCAGCUUGCUCCGAAUUUGACUGUUUCGAAGCUUUGCUUUGGAACCAUGACUUUCGGUGAGCAAAACUCGGCGUCUCAGUCAUUUCACCUUCUUGACCAAGCUUUCGAUGCCGGAAUCAACUUCUUCGACUCUGCCGAGAUGUAUCCAGUGCCACAGCGUGCUGAGAGUCAGGGCAGGAGUGAGGAGUAUUUUGGCCGUUGGUUUAGAGAGAGGAAGAUACCUCGUGAUCAAAUUGUCUUUGCCUCAAAGGAGCACCCUUUUUUUGGCUCAUAUUAUCUGAAAUUCUCUCAGGUUAGUGGACCUUCUGGGCAGAUGACUUGGAUUCGUGGUGGGCCAGAGUGUUUGGAUGCUAGGAAUAUUACAGAGGCCAUUGACAAUAGUUUGGAGAGAACUCAAAUGGAUUACAUUGAUCUUUAUCAAAUUCAUUGGCCUGAUCGAUAUGUUCCCAUGUUUGGAGAAACUCAGUAUGAUCCAACCAAACAGUAUACUUCAAUUGGUGUAGAAGAACAACUUGUUGCCCUUGCCAAAGCUGUUGAUGCUGGUAAGAUCAGGUAUAUUGGACUGAGCAAUGAAACUCCAUAUGGAGUCAUGAUGUUUCUCCGGUUUGCUGAAAAGGUUCCCCAUUACCCAAAAAUAUUAUCUGUGCAGAACUCCUACAACCUACUUUGCCGAACUUUUGAUUCUGGACUAGCUGAAUGCUGUCAUCAUGAGAGGAUCUGGUUGUUGGCCUACAGCCCUCUAGCAAUGGGCAUACUUUCUGGGAAAUACUUUUCACCUGAUGGGGGUCCAGCAGAUGCUCGGUUGAAUCUUUUUAAAGUUAAGCUUUUGGCUCACUUAACAUUCUCAGGGAAGUAUUUGGAAGGGGAAUCCCGAUACAAUCUGUCUAAUAGCAUGGUAAAAGCAGCUACCAUGGAGUAUCUUGAUGUUGCUAGAAGAUAUGGUCUUCAUCCCGUAUCUCUUGCAAUUGCAUUUGUUUUGAGACACCCUCUUGUUGCAAGUGCUGUAUUUGGAGCUACCAAGUCAAGCCAGCUUCAGGAGGUUAUAAAUGCAUGCCAGGUUGAGCUCACAGCCGAAAUUGUCGCAGAAAUCAAUGGAAUCCAUGCAAGGUUUCCUAAUCCGUGUCCCUGAUUGAUUUCCUUGUAUAGACUUGUGUACUUGUAUUGAUGAAAAGCACAAGGCAACUCCCUUGGAAGAAAGCAUGGAUAGAAAAGAAGUAUCUGAGUGAUUUUGAAAAUUUUGAGCAUGCAUUGAAUCUUGAUUGUUAUUCAUGUAACAAGAGAUAAAAUGAUUAUUAUGAAAAUGAAGCAGCCGCUGCAUGCGCGUGGGUUGUCA